AUGGAGAAGAGAGAAAAAAGGAAGAAAAAUGUUGUUAUCUACGGAGUACCAGAAUCAUCUGCUUCAAAUGUGACAUAUAAAAAAGCACAUGCCGAGAUCAAAAUUCAGCACAGAACAAUAACAUUGUUUAAUGACGCUUCCCUAAGAGGGGGUUGGCUAAAGUUUUGUGACAUGCUGAUUUUUAGGGGCUUAUCGUUGAAUAUCACAUCGAAUGCCGAACUCAUGUCGAGCAGAGCAAGGAGUGAAACCGUUCGCGCUAUUUCCGUGACGUUCGACAGUGCUCAAACGUUGUGCCGAGUCACGUGCUAUUCACCGCAUCACAUAUUCGAAGUACAUGAUAAGCUAGGGAAUGUGGCAAAGCAUGCAUUCGAACCCAGAGUCCACGCUCGUAACCAGCACGCCACACUCGCAGCUCAAAUCAAAUUAGUCGUGCCUUGCAUUCACCAAAGAAGUACCUUAGAAUUUUGGUCCAUUGGCCUGAGCAAGUCAGUCAAGCGGGACGUGUAA